GCAGAGAGGCGCACAGGAGACCUCAAGCCCAGGCUCCGCUUCCCAGCUGUGAAAGGGCCCACUGCUCCUGGAGCAUGGAGGCCGUCCACGAGCAAUGCCAGCAUGAGAGAGACAGGCAGCUUCCGGCCCAGGACGAGGACGGAGGUGGCCUUGUCCCUGAGAGGUCGGAGCAGGAGAUGCUCCUCAGCCUGAAGCCCUUGGAGGCCCCUGAACUGGAUGUGGACGAGGGCUUUGGCAACUGGUCCCAGAGGCCAGAGCAGUGGCAGCAGCAUGAGGGGGUGCAGGGCGCCUCGGACAGCGGAGAGCCCCCCCGGUGCAGGAGUCCUGACGGGGAGCAAGAGGACAGGCCCAGCCUGCAUGCCUGCGAAAAGGACAGUGAUGAAGUCCACCUGGAGGAGUUGAGUCUGAGCAAGGAGGGGCCAGACCCAGAGGACACUGUCCAGGACAACCUGGGGGCUGCAGGGGUUGAGGAGGAACAGGAGGAGCACCAGAAAUAUCAGCAGCCCAGGACACCCAGCCCCUUGGUCUUGGAGGGGACCAUAGAACAGAGCUCACCUCCCUUGAGCCCUCCCAUCAAACUCAUCGACAGGACCGAGUUCCUAAACUGCUCCAUAGAGAAGAGUAACAGUGUGAAGAAAUCCCAACCAGACUUGCCCAUCUCCAAGAUUGACCACUGGCUGGAAAAAUACACCCAGGCCAUCAAGACCGCUGGCUGGACCCCCAAGCUAGCCCACCAGGCCUCCAUAGAGCUGCCCAGCAUGGCCGUGGCCAGUACCAAGAGUCAGUGGGAGACGGGUGAGGUACAGGCUCAGUCUGCGGCCAAGACUCCGUCCUGCAAGGAUAUUGUGGCUGGAGACAUGACCAAGAAAAGCCUCUGGGAGCAGAAGGGAGGCUCCAAGACCUCAUCAACAAUUAAGGUAGAGCCUAAAUGUGGUUGGUGCAGGCAGGAAAUAUUAACUGAUUUCAUUGUCACACAAAAACAGAAGACAUAAAACAGUUAAAAUAGGCCAGGCACAGUGGCUCACACCUGUAAUCCCAGCACUUUGGGAGGCCGAGGCGGGUGGCUCACGAGGUCAGGAGAUCGAGACCAUCCUGGCCAACAUGGUGAAACCCCGUCUAUACUAAAAAUGCAAAAAAAAAAAAAAUUAGCCGAGUGUAGGGGCACAUGCCUGUAAUUCCAGCUACUUGGGAGGCUGAGGCAGGAGAAUCACUUGAACCAGCAAGUUGGAGGUUGCAGUGAGCCGAGCUCACACACUGCACUCCAGCCUGGCAACAGAGGGAGACUCAGUCUCAAAAAACAAACAAACAAACAAAAAAAAAGAAAACAACUUGACACACUUAGAAAAUGAAGGUUUGUGCUAUUGGUUUUCUUUUAUUUUAGAAAAAUAAAGCAUUGUUUAAAUAUUUCUUACAAGUACAAAUAUAAUUUAAAUUUAAUAAAUGUUCAAAGUUAUCUGUAAUUAAAUUUCAUUCAGUAGACAUAUAUUAUGUCUAAUAGAGAACUUGCUAAGUAAGAUAUAAAGGAUGAUUACAUGAAAAAUCACAAAAUUGUCAGUAAGAGUCUUAAAAGUCAAUGAUAGGACAGUAGUUAAAAGAUAUCAAAUAGUUAUUUAUUCUUAAACAUUAAACAGGCUAUUAAUAGUUUUAAUAACCUUGAAGUUUGACAACACUGUAAAAACAUUACAGACCACUUUUAUUUAUGAAAAUACAUGCAAAUAGCAAACAACAGUUGGGCUUAAGGCUGCUACUUACUUACCCAGUAAGUGACAAAGCUGGAAUUCAAACCAAGUUUGAGCUAUACCAGUACUACCCUUGAAAAGACUUCCUUACACUCAGCUUUCCUUUAUUUCUUAAACUCAUUUUUUUUUUAAUUGAGACAGAAUCUUGCUCUAUUGCCCAGGCGGGAGUGCAGUGACAUGAUCUUGGCUCGCUGCAACCUCUGCCUCCCAGAUUCAAGCAAUUCUCAUGCCUCAGCCUCCCAAGUAGCUGUGAUUACCGGUGUGCGUCACCACACCUGGCUAAUUUUUGUGCUUUUAGCAGAGGCGGUGUUUUGCCGUGUCACCCAGGCUGAUCUUCAACUCCUGACCUCAGGUGAUCCGCCUGCCUCGGCCUCCCCAAAUGCUGAUAUAACUAGUGUGAGCCACCACGCCUGGCCAAUUUCUUAAACUUUUGAUUAUACUAAAUAUGUUCCUUCUGCAUGAUAACAGUGUCUUUCCUUUUAUAAAAUUAAUCUCUUAAAAUACUUUAAAAUUCAAAGUACACUUUUUAGAUUCUUUAAAAUACUCAUUGCCAUGUUCAUGGCCUUUAGAUGUGUGAUCAUAGCCUAUUUGCUUUUCAUUGACUUAGUUUCAUAUUUCUUUGCCUUUUUCCCCCUACUUUUCCUUAUAGAACUAUUUACUAGUAAUGAAAUCAUUUUAAAGAAUACACUUUUUCUUCCUCCUGCUAACUGUUAAGAGAAUGUUUUAUAAUCACUCUGGUCAUAGCCUGUAAGUUUCUUUUCUAAAUUAUCUUUUCAGGAUACAUAUUUAUUAACUUGCUUUCAAAUGAAUAUGGUCAUGUCUA